AAACUGGGGGUUGCAAGGUCCUGUGGAAAACCUAGGAUAGUACUUUUAAGAAGGGGGAGCCACCUUUUUUGGACUUUGGAGAAGAACUAGAUGCUUCAGUUGCAACCAUAAACACUAUUAUUUAGCACUGUCUUUGAGAGGCAGUCUGAUCCUUUGGGUACCUCAAAGUUUGCCAUCCAUUUUAUUAGAAAGUCUUGCUGUCCCGCACGAGUGGCAGCAAAUGAAUGUCUGCAAAGUGCUCUCACUCCGCUUGCCAGCUUCCACCUACGACCUCGGGGCUCCCGGACCAGCCAGCCCAGGACGGGCACGGCAGCCCGGUGGCAGGCCCGGAGCUCGGCCCGCUGUGACGCGGCCGGGGCUGCCAGGCGGCGCGGCGGGCAGGGAGCGCGGCGGCAUGGCGCUGCGGGCGGGCGGCGCGGCGGGGCUCCUGGCGUUGCUCGUGCUUCUGCUCCUGGCCUCGCUGGCGUCGGGCAGCGGGAACGGUACCAGCGCAAAGCCGACGGAGGCCCCGAGCGGGGACGCCAACUGGGGUCUGCAUGACACCGAGUCCACGAAAAUAGAAUAUGGAGAAUGCACAGUUACGUGUGGAAUUGGCAUUCGAGAAGUUCUGUUAACCAGCGGAUGCCCUGCAGCUGAAACAAAAUGUAUUAUCGGUGUGGAGGAAUGUGAGGGGCCAGUAGACUGUGGAUGGGGAAUCCCAAUUUCUAAGGACCCUGAAUGCGUGAAGAUGCCUUGUAUUUAUAUACCUCCUGAAAAUCGAUUUAAAUACAUUUGGAAGAAGUUAAUUCAAAACCAGACAGCACACACUCUUCCCAAUGAUAGAUCUACUAUGGAAGUCUGCAGAGGUAACCAGUCGGUUACUUACCAAUGUGAAACUCGAAGAAAAAAAGGAAGUGCCAUUGCUUCUGUAAAAUACACAGUCCACGCAAAAACUGAAAUACAAGCAGAAGAACCAAAGAGAAUACAAACAGGGUACUCAAGGAAAAAGACAGAUGCCAUUCUGAUCUUUUGCCUUGUAAUUGGAAUCAUUGUGGCUGUUGGUGUCUUCUCUGCCAUGAUGCUUAUGAUUCUUCACUGGGGUGUUGUAAAAUCUCUUUGGAAAUCAAAAUCUGGGCAAAGCAACCAAGAGAAGCUGACCAACAAAAGAUCACUGCAUAACCUGGAAUAAAUAUCCCCCUCCCUCAAGGUCCAGAGUUGCCUUUCAAGGAAUCAGAGUCUCUGCAGCUACAGUGUUCUUACCAUCUGCAAAAGCCGUAAGACAAAAAGUGGCAGAGCCACUUGCAUAAUGAACAUUAGGAAAAAAAGUAUUGAUUACGUAGAAAUAUGAUAUAAAGAUUAAAAUAUGUUUGAAAUACUGGUUUUAAGAAA